CCUCGUGCUGUGCGCUAAGAGAGUUGCACGCUUUCGUUCGAUGUUUGUUUCUUUGAUUAAAAAUACUAACUUGCCUAGAUAUAUUGGUGCUGUGUUCCGAGCAUGGAUUUUUUAGACCGUCGAUUUGUCUCGGAUGUGGAGUUUCUUUACUGAUUUCCUUUUUGUAUUUAAUUACUCGCAAAAUGAAUAGACGCGUAACUGUAAUAGUCGUUUAUUUGAUGUUGAAUUUGUAUUUCUAUCAUGUGCGGGGAGAUUUUGUUGACUUUCCGUUUGGCAAAGGAAAAAACAAAAUGUUACAAUCUAUUACGAAUUGGUCUAUUUCUUUUAGGGUGGUAUUCGAUAAAUUUAAGAUUGAACAGCAGCGGUCAGCCGAUUCCGCUGUAAUGAAUUUUCCUGGAAUAAUUAAUUUCCAGAGAGGAAAGACGAAAAUUGACAAACUUAAUGUCAUUUUUCCUGUUGAUUCUACUUCUUAUAAAAGAGAGUCAAUUACAAAAUCGUAUGAAAAUCAUAAGACGAAGAUCUCAUCUGUAUUAGGUACAAUCAAUUUCGAUUCUACGGAGAACAACAUUCUAAAAGAAAUUAAUAGUACCCAAUUAGGCCAAGACCGUCUUAUACCAAAGAAAACAGAAGUAGACACCAAGCACAAGGAGUUAAUUCCUUCCAAUGCAACAAGAUUACAAACACAAUCAUACAAUUUCUUGGAUGAACUCCAAGCAAUUAAAGCCAAUCAACAAACAUCUAGAAAGAAAAUUACAACACAUCUGAGUGGAAUAAAAGGAUUUUCUUUAAAUGGAAAUUAUUCCGGAAGACCUAGAAGUUCUGUCAAAUCCAGUAGUUCUGUGCAUGAGAGAAGGAAACGUAAUUCAGAACAGGCGGCUGCACAUGAUUAUUUGUUUCAUAAUAUAGAACUCAGUAACUUAUCUGAGGUGUAUAGAUACUUUCAUUCUGUUUUAAAUACAUUAAAACAUCACAUAAACUUUACCAUGAGAUCUGUGGAAAUGAACACAACAUCGGACGCGGAACAAUUGUGCAUAAGUACGUUUGAGGCUUAUUAUGGAAAAGCAGAAAAUGAUGGACGGUUAUAUUGCAAUAGUAGCUGGGACAACUUUUCCUGUUGGCCGAGAACACUUGCUGGUACAUCGGCCAUGAUCCCGUGCCCUGGCUAUCUGGACGGUAUCAACGAAAAUAAUAAUGCCACGAAAUAUUGCAAUGAAAACGGGACAUGGGCGGAAAAAGCUGUUUACGAUCUUUGUGUUAUUGAAGAUGAAAAUGCGCAAAUGGAUUCAGACAUGCCACAUUUGAUGGCAAUACGAGUUAUUUACAACGUCGGGUUCUGCAUCUCAACUUUAGCUUUGAUUAUAGCUCUUUUUAUAUUCAUUUACUUCAGGAGUCUCCGGUGCCUUAGGAAUAGCAUACAUUGUCAUUUAAUUGUUACUUUCAUUAUCAAAAACAUCGUGUGGAUUAUUAUGAGACAUUCUCUUAUGUACAUGCAAGAUUCCGCUUAUUCUUGGUGCUGCAAGACACUUACCAGCAUAUUCAAUUUUGCGCACGCCACAAACUUCUUCUGGAUGUUUGUUGAAGGCUUGUAUCUUCACGUCAUUAUUGUUUGGACAUACUCGGCAGAUAAAAUAAAACUACGAUAUCUGCUUUUUAUUGGAUGGGGUUUGCCUUCGAUUAAUAUAAUCGCAUGGGUUAUAAUAAGGGCUGUGUAUGACAAUGAUCAUUGUUGGUUUCCUCACCCAGAGGGUAAUUCUGUAUAUGAUUACGUCUACAUCGGGCCAAUUCUCUUUGUUCUUCUUGCAAACAUAAUUUUCUUGUCAACAAUUGUGUGGGUAUUGAUAACGAAACUGAGGGCAUCAAAUUCCCUGGAUACACAAUACCGCAAAGCGGUCAAAGCAACGAUUAUACUAUUCCCCUUGCUUGGAAUAACCUACGUCUUGUUCAUUAUACCACCCAGUGAUCAUCCACAGGUGAAACUCGUCUUUAGAUACAUCAAUGCCGUUCUUCAAUCCUUCCAGGGGUUAAUGGUGGCCAUAUUUUAUUGCUUCUUAAAUGGAGAGGUGAAAGGAGUGUUAAAAAAGAAAAUAUCCAGAUUCAAUGAUGCUAGAUCUCUCAGCACGAAAUACACGCGCACUUCUUACGGAUGGUCUAGAGGUAGUCGUGACUUUACCAACACCGUGACACUUGCCAACGGAGCACUUCUAGAUCCUAAUCAUCGUGUACCAAACACUGGUAAAUCUGGAAAUGCAGAAACAAUACCACUUACUGACACAAAUGAAGUGAAACAAAAUGAAUUCAAUUGAAGACAUUACUUAAAUGACUGUUUAACAUUACAAGAACUGUGUUUGUUAAUCAUAGUUUUGCUAUAUUUGACAAAACUGAUGCAGGCAGGUGUUAAAAUGGAUUCUCUCCAUGGACAAGUGUUUCAUUAUCCAGAUUUUGUGGUCAUAUAAAGGGAUUCGAAUUCGUUUUUCUACAAUGAAUGAAUCAGUAGAAAGAACUGUGGUGUUUUAGCUACAAGGUGCAGCAGUCAUACUUAAUACGUUUAUUUGAUUUUUAUAUUUGGAAUUUUUGAAAAUAUUCUUUCUCGUGGCGUAUCAUCUGUUUAGAAAGGAUAAUGUCAUACAUGUCACGUAAAACUGGAUUAUGACAUCAUCAAAAUUUCUUUAAACGUAGACUACAUUUUAAAAUUCUUCAACAACCUGACAUUUAUAAAUGUGUACAGCUUAUAUAUGUCGAAUUACAAUGUAAACAAACGACAUUAUUUCCACAAAAACAGGUUUCCCGCCAAUAUUAAUACUUAAUGCUUUCAGAAAUGCCAUGUGCACAGAAGAAUUUACAAUUAUAACUUAAUACACACUACCUUAUUAUCCUUAUGGGUACAAGUAAUUGUCACAAACAACGUUUUUGUUCAAGUUUUAAAUGCUUUUUAUUGUUUUCACUUCUGUUCCAGUGCAUAAAAUCCUAUAAAUAAAUUCUAGAUAUACAUGCAUUUUUUAACCAACACAUUUUAAAGGCUUUAAAGAAGCAUCAUUAUGUACACACGAACAGGCAAAAGAAAAAACACCAACUUGUUACAUAUGGGCUUUUAACUGCUUAUUUCUCGGGAAAAUUUGUCAGAAAACAGCAACAGAAAACCCUUCAGUAUAUAAUUCUGGUAAUUUAUAAAAAAACAACAAAAGACAGAGCAAUUUGCCUUUUAUAAACUAUUAUUAUAAAGUAUUUUUACUUUAUACCUUUCACAGGAUUCAAAACUGGUUAUGUGUGAUCUGAUAUUUAUAACAGAUGGACGGAUAAAUUGCGGUAAAAUAUUUAACGAAUGAACAUCCUUAAUUCACAACAGUAAUAUGAAAGGCGUUGUUGUGCACAGUAAAAAGUGUUUAAGUCCGCUCGCCAACAUUAACCAGUUAACAUUAAAAUAUUACCAAUAUUUUCCUUCUGAAAAUAUGGUUGAAACUCUAAAUUUAUAUAGGUUCGAGAUAUAUUGGUUUAGAAACAUCUGUUGUAGGAUAAAAUACAUGUAUAAAACUAGACAGGGUGUUCGUAAUCGAUAUAAUAUUUCUUAGUGCUUUUUUCUCUUCUUUUGUGUUGUAUGUUUCUGACAAAACGGGUAACCCAUGCUUAACACUUGUGUCUUUUCCUCCUACAUGUAUCAUGGUAGUCAUGUACCCAGAAUAAUUGAGUCAGUGUUCCUGGGAAUUUCAUGACUUCAAGAUUUUAAAACUUAACUAUUUCAUAUUGAAAUGUGGUAUAAAGCUGAAAGCCAGUGCUAGGGGGUAUGUUGAUGGUAGCUUGCACCCAACCAUUUCUAUCUCUAAAUUUGACCUGAAGAAUAAAAGAAGACCAUGAUAAUACAGUUAUUGAAUUUUUAUUGUGUAAUAUCUCUAUUUAUCAUCCGGCACCCUGUAAGCAUACGGGUUUUAAGUUCAAAACAGUUGAUAACAUCGUAACUAUAUUCAUUAAUGAAAUGUGAAGGAUUUCUGGUCUCAUAAAUUAUUCAUUUAUUUUUGAAAUUUUGUUGUAUAUGGACAUGUUUGAUAGAUUUAUUGUAACAGUUGUCAUUCUUUU